AUCACACAAAAUACUCACAGGAGAGAGAGACGGCAGAAAAGAGGUGUAAAAACAAAGAGAAAUGGACAGACGUGUUGUAAAUGUGCAUGCAGCGUGACAGCAGAAGUGCUUUUAAACAGGGGAAUUCUGAUGAGCGAAACCUUGCACAUUGGACCCUUUCCAAGCAAAUGGUGCAAAUGUGGAUGUUUGUUGACAGCAGGGAGAUCAUGGCUCUGUUUUGAGACUUGGAAAGGUCACUUUCCUCCUUCCCCUCCCCUCCUCCUCCCCUUCCACCCAUCACGGACCUGGUUGCCAUGGAGAACUCUUCGGUGGCCUCUGCAUCAUCUGAGGCAGGAAGUACACGUUCUCAAGAGAUCGAAGAGCUAGAGCGCUUCAUUGACAGCUACGUGCUGGAGUACCAGGUGCAGGGGCUUCUGGGAGACAAGGGAGAUGGCGACUCGGAACUCGACAACAGUGGCAAGGUUCCACAGUGGACAGAUGACUGCAACGACAAGAAAGAUGGCAGCUGGACUUCGUCACGGGGCAGAGGAUCAUCUAAGCCAGAUGAUUGGGAACAUAGCAGUAAUGGCAGUACAGGCUCCAGACCAAGUUCAGGGUCCAGGCCAGGUUCGGGUUCCCGCUCGGGCAGCAAAGGCCGAAACAACCAGUUCAAAGGCUCCGUCAAGGUACAGAAUGGAAACAGAGAUGGCUCCUUUGACAUCCUGGGGACAGACAUCUGGGCCGCCAACACAAUGGACUCACACGGAGGUGCAGGUUGGGACGUGCAACCGGAGAAGCUGGAUUUCAGCCAUUUCCAUAGGAAACACUUCAGAGGAACACCAAAGCACCUGCCACACAUCGACAGGGAGGGGAUGAACAAAAACAAGUUUGAGGAAGACGAUGGCAUAGACAUGAAUGAAAUAGAGAAGUUCUUACCUCGUCUGCGCUCUGUCUUCCCACCCCUUCCUAAUGAGGCUGAGAUCGCGCACACCAAAAAGCUUUUCCGACGCAGGAGGAAUGACCGACGGAAACAGCAGCGGACUCAGGGAGGAGGAGGUGGAGGUGGCGGCGGCGGAGGAGGAGGAGGGGGGAAGAACCAGCCUCAGCAGAUUCAACAGCAGUCACCACAGCAUCAGAGGGAUCAAACCCAGUCUCCAAUCCAACAGCAGCACAACUCGACAGAACUGGGAGACAACAGGAACAACAACAGCGGUCGACCGCCACGUCAGUACCAAGGAGGGCAUGGGCAACGCCAAGGAGGACCGCCACAUCACGGGUACAGCCAGAACCGGCGUUGGCACCACAGUCAGAAAGGCCAAGGGCACGGACAGACAAACGCCGCGGCCGAUAGAGGAGUACCUCCGAGAACAACCAAAGACAAAGAUAGUGAGAAUGUAAAACUGGGUGACGAGCAGAUCAGGCCACAGGAGCCUCAAGACUGCAGCAGUAAGAGUCCCACUGAAUCACCUAAAUCUGACUCUGCACCCAGUAAAAAUGCCUUCCCAGAUCUGUCGUUUAACAAGGAGUCUCCCAACCCAGCAGGCUGUGGGAGGCCGGGGGAAGGCCAGCCGGAGCAGCCCAAAAUCAGUCUGCUGCAGUCGUCAAAGGAGAGGCUGAGGAGGAGACUAAAGGACAAGGAAGAGGCGCAGGUGGUUGCUCUGGGCUGCGGAUCUCAGAACAUGGACCGACUGGUUGAACUUCUCAAUAGCAUGAGGAGCAACAGCAGCGGGGUGGAGCAGCAGCUGGCCUCCUUCAUGGAGGAGGCGCAGUGCUCGGCACGCUCCGAGGAAACCCUGGCUCAGGUGGUCAGCACCAUCUACUCCAAGGCUGUGUCCGACAGGAGCUUCGCUGCCACGGCCGCCAAGCUGUGCGACAAGAUGGCGCUGUUCAUGGUGGAGGGGACCAAAUUCAGAUCGUUGCUGCUCAACUUGCUGCAGAGGGACUUCUGCCGUCGCGAGGACCUCCAGCAGUCUGACGUGGAGAAGUGGCUAGGUUUCAUCACCUUCUUGUGCGAGGUGUUUGGGACCAUGAGGAGCAGUUCUGGGGAGCCCUUUAGAGUCCUGGUCUGUCCCAUCUACACCUGCCUACGGGAGCUGUUAGAGUCCACAGAUGUUAAAGAAGAUGCAGUCCUGUGCUGUUCAAUGGAGCUCCAGAGCGCGGGGCGUCUCCUGGAAGAGCAGCUGCCGGAGAUGAUGACCGAGCUUCUAGCAGCGGUCAGGGACAAGAUGCUGUGUCCGGCCGAGUCUCAGCUAACCCGAUCUCUGCUCAUGGAGGUCAUCGAGCUGCACGCACAUCGUUGGAGCCCCCUGGAGGCUCUGACCACCCAGUACUACAACCGUACCAUCCAAAAGCUCACCACCACUGCCUAGGUGCCCGCCAACAGGGGGGAGAGGAGACAAGCCCCGGGACUGACGUCAAUAAAUCAAUGAGGCUUUAUUCGCUGACUGAAUGUAGUGAUGCAGUUUGAUGACAAAAGAUGACCACUAGCACAGAAACCAGCCAACAUUUUAUACACUCGACUGUAAAAGUCUACGUCCAACAUGAGGUUUGUUGUUUUAUUAAGGCUGUAAUGAGCAUACAUUUACAUUUUCGCAGUGUCUGUAUCAAGAUACGCCCAGGAUAUACAGGAAAUAUGUAAACAGAAUUUAAAAA